AUGGAUGCAGAUCACUCCCAUUACAAGCCAGAAGCCAUUGAUACCUUAUGCCAGAUAACAAAAUUCAACAAAAGAGAACUGCAAUUAAUGUACAGAGGUUUCAAACAGGAAUGCCCAAAUGGUAUGGUAAAAGAAGAAACAUUUAAAGGCAUAUACGCUCAAUACUUUCCUAAAGGAGCCGAAACGGCACAAUAUGCACAUUACGUUUUCAAAUCUUUUGACACAGAAAAUUCUGGCGCGAUAACAUUUACCGAUUUCGUGAUUGGACUUUCCGUUCUAGCACGAGGUUCCUUGCAAGAUAAACUUAAAUGGGCCUUCAGCUUGUAUGAUAUAAACGGAGACGGUUUCAUAACGAAAGAUGAAGUGUCUCGAAUUAUACAAUCAAUUUAUGAACUUAUGGGUAAAGCUGUGGAGCCUAUGAUUGAAGACCACACAACAAGAGAUCACGUUGAAAGGGUUUUUCAAAAAUUAGACAUUAACAAAAAUGGAGUUGUGUCGAUGGAAGACUUUUUGGACUCUUGUCAACGGGAUGAAAAUAUAACAAGAAAUAUGCAAGUAUUUAAUACAAUAUUGUGA